AUGCCGAAAGGUCCCAAGCAGCAGCCGCCGGAGCCCGAGUGGGUCGGGGACGGAGAGAGCACGAGCGCCGCAGACAGAGUGGUGAAGAAAGGGAAGAAGGACAAGAAGAACAAGAAGACGUUCUUUGAAGAGCUGGCGGUAGAAGAUAAACAGGCUGGGGAAGAAGAGAAAGCGCGCAAGGAGAAGGAGCAGCAGCAGCAGCAGCAGCAGGUACAACAGCAGAAAAAGAAACGAGACACCCGGAAAGGCCGGAGGAAGAAGGAUGUGGAUGAUGAUGGCGAGGAGAAGGAACUCCUGGAGCGCCUGCAGAAGCUCUCGGUGCCCGCCAGUGACGACGAGGAGGGAGACGUUCCUGCCCUGAAAUCCCGAGGAGGGAAGAAAGCCAAGGGAGGCAACGCGUUUGCAGCCCUGAUUCAGGAUCAGAGUGAUGAGGAGGAGGAGGAAGAAAAGCAGCCUCCUAAGCCUGCCAAGCUGGAGAAGAACCGCAUCAAUAAGGCUGUAUCUGAGGAACAGCCGGGACUCAAGGGCACCAGGGGGCGGGAAGAGGAGUCGGCAGGGAAAGCCAAGAGUAAGUUUUCCGCUCUGGACAGCGAAGGAGAAGAGGACGGAGAAGAUCUAACAAAAAAGGAGCCAUCCAAGCAAGGGAAGGAGAAGGCUAAGAGGGCAGAGCAGGGCUCAGAGGAGGAAGGGGAGGAGGACGAAGGGGAGUCGAAGGCCGAUGAUCCCUAUGCCCACCUUAGCAAAAAAGAGAAGAAAAAGCUGAAGAAGCAGAUGGAGUACGAGCGCCAGGUGGCCUCGCUGAAGGCAGCCCACGCCGCGGAGAACGACUUCUCCGUGUCCCAGGCGGAGGUGUCCUCCCGCCAGGCCAUGCUGGAGAACGCGUCCGACAUCAAGCUGGAGAAGUUCAGCAUCUCCGCCCACGGCAAGGAGCUGUUCGUCAACGCGGACCUGCACAUCGUGGCCGGCCGCCGCUACGGGCUGGUGGGGCCCAACGGCAAGGGCAAGACCACCCUCCUCAAGCACAUCGCCAACCGGGCCCUGAGCAUCCCCCCCAACAUCGACGUGCUGCUGUGUGAGCAGGAGGUGGUAGCGGACGACACGCCGGCGGUACAGGCUGUUCUUCGCGCCGACACCAAGCGAUUGAAGCUGCUGGAGGAGGAGCGGCGGCUGCAGGGGCGGCUGGAGCAGGGCGACGACAUGGCGGCCGAGCGGCUGGAGAAGGUGUACGAGGAGCUGCGGGCUACCGGCGCGGCAGCUGCAGAGGCCAAAGCCCGGCGGAUCCUGGCCGGUCUGGGCUUCGAUCCUGAAAUGCAGAAUCGGCCCACACAGAAGUUCUCGGGAGGCUGGCGCAUGCGUGUCUCCCUGGCCAGGGCGCUGUUCAUGGAGCCCACGCUGCUGCUGCUGGACGAGCCCACCAACCACCUGGACCUCAAUGCAGUCAUCUGGCUCAACAACUACCUGCAGGGCUGGCGGAAGACGCUGCUCGUCGUCUCCCACGACCAGGGCUUCCUGGAUGACGUCUGCACCGACAUCAUCCACCUCGACGCCCAGCGGCUCCACUACUACAGGGGCAACUACAUGACCUUCAAGAAGAUGUACCAGCAGAAGCAGAAGGAGCUGCUGAAGCAGUAUGAGAAGCAGGAGAAGAAGCUGAAGGAGCUGAAGGCGGGCGGCAAGUCCACCAAGCAGGCGGAAAAGCAAACGAAGGAAGCCUUGACUCGGAAGCAGCAGAAAUGCCGACGGAAAAACCAGGACGAGGAGUCGCAGGAGGCCCCUGAGCUCCUGAAGCGCCCCAAGGAGUACACUGUGCGCUUCACGUUCCCGAACCCCCCGCCGCUCAGCCCUCCUGUGCUGGGCCUGCACGGUGUGACAUUUGGCUACGAGGGGCAGAAACCACUCUUCAAGAACCUGGAUUUUGGCAUCGACAUGGACUCAAGAAUCUGCAUCGUGGGCCCUAACGGUGUGGGGAAGAGCACCCUGCUCCUGCUGCUGACGGGCAAGCUGACGCCGACUCAGGGGGAAAUGAGAAAGAACCACCGGCUGAAAAUUGGCUUCUUCAACCAGCAGUAUGCAGAGCAGCUGCACAUGGAGGAGACGCCCACAGAGUACCUGCAGCAGGCCUUCAACCUGCCCUACCAGGAUGCCCGCAAGUGCCUGGGCCGCUUUGGCCUGGAGAGCCAUGCGCACACCAUCCAGAUCUGCAAACUCUCCGGUGGGCAGAAGGCCCGGGUCGUGUUUGCAGAGCUGGCCUGUCGGGAGCCUGACGUCCUCAUCUUGGACGAACCCACCAACAACCUGGACAUCGAGUCCAUCGACGCUCUGGGGGAGGCCAUCAACGAGUACAAGGGAGCGGUGAUCGUGGUCAGCCACGACGCCCGGCUCAUCACGGAGACCAGCUGCCAGCUGUGGGUGGUGGAGGAGCAGAGUGUCAGCCAGAUCGACGGCGACUUCGAGGACUACAAGCGGGAGGUGCUGGAGGCCCUGGGGGAAGUCAUGGUCAACCGCCCCCGGGAGUGA